AUGUCUGAUUUGCUGCACGAAAUGAACUAUGAUGCCUCCAAUUUUUACAAGUUGCUGAACGAUGCGCAUGUGUCACUAUAUCCUGGCUGUGAAAAGUUUUCAAGAUUAUCCUUCAUUGUGCACUUGCUUCAUGUCAAGUCCCUCGGUGGAUUGAACAUCAAGGGGUUUGAUGCGUUGUUGAGUCUCUUGACCAAAGCCUUUCCGGAUGCCAAACUACCAAAGAAUUUUUAUGAAUCUAGAACAACAAUCAAGGGCUUGGGGCUUGGAUACAUUUUGAUCGAUGCUUGCGAGAAUGAUUGUGUUUUGUUCUGGAAAGAGAAUGCAGAUAAAACAUCUUGCCCGGUAUGUCAUGCUUCAAGAUGGAAAACUACUGAAUUGAAUGUGGAUAACGAAUCAAUCAGAAGUACACCAAGAGGUAAAAACAUUCCAGUGAAGCAAUUGCGGUACUUCCCAUUGAAUCCAAGACUUCAGAGGUUAUUUAUGUCUUCAAAGACCGCUUCUUAUAUGCGAUAUCAUGCAAAAAGACGUCACAAAGAUGGAGUUUUGAGGCAUCCAGUUGAUGCAGAGACAUGGAAGACCUUUGAUAAGAAGCACCCAGCGUUUGAUGAUGAUCCUCGCAAUGUAAGACUUGCAUUAGCAACUGGUGGGAUGAAUCCGUUUGGGAAUAUGUUGCAUCCACAUAGUACAUGGCCAGUUGUUCUACUCAAUUAUAACUUACCACCGUGGUUGUGUAUGAAAGAGGAAAAUUUUAUCUUGUCUAUGAUAAUUCCUGGACCCAAAUCCCCAGGAAACGACAUCGAUAUGUAUUUGCAACCACUCAUAGAGGAAUUGAAGGAAUUGUGGGAUGAAGGUGUUGUAACUUACGAUAUUUCAAAGAAAGAGAAUUUUAAAUGUCGUCCAGCAUUACUUGGCACCAUCAUUGAUUUCCCUGCACUAGCUAUGCUUUCCGGGUGGAGCACCAAAGGGGAAUUUUCUUGUCCGUGCUGUGGGCCUGACCGAUGUUCAGAACGACUGAGAAAUGGGGGCAAGUAUUGUUACAUGCAUCAUCGCCGAUACUUGUCUGCUGGUCAUCAUUGGCGCCACCAUAAGUCAUCCUUUGAUGGAGAGAAAGAACUUCGAGAACCACCACAUCUGAUGAAUGGGGAUGAAAUUGCUCAACAACUGGCUCAUUUUCGACAAGUUCAGUUUGGUAAGAACGCGAAACAGACUGGUCUGACAGAAAUAACACCGGUUACUUUUGAACACAACUGGAUAAAAAAGAGCAUAUUUCAUGAGUUGCCGUACUUAAGCUCAAUUAUAUGUUUUCAUAAUGUCGAUAUGAUGCACGUUGAGAAGAAUAUUUGUGAAACUGUAUUGGGCACAGUGAUGAAUGUAGAAGGGAAAACGAAAGACAAUCUUAAGGCCCGGUUGGAUCUGAUGGACUGGGGAUUACGGCCGGAGUUACAUUUGAGACAAGAGGGAGAUAAAAUAGUGGUGCCAACAGAUUCUUUUGUCAUGUCGCCCAAAGAAAAGGAAUCUUUUUGUAGAACUUUGAAGGACAUUAAGGUUCCCGAUGGACACUCAUCAAAUAUUUCUCGGUGUGUGAACAUUAAGGAUCGAAAGAUUAUGGGUCUGAAAAGUCAUGACUAUCAUGUAUUAAUGGAAUAUUUAUUGCCUAUUGCCUUACGUGGACACUUGGAUGGGGAUAUAUUGGAAGCACUGAGUGAGUUAUGUAUGUUUUUUAAAGUGUUUUGUACAUGGGUUCUCAAGAUAGAGGAUCUGGAUAAACUACAAGAUAGUAUCGCAAUUACUUUGUGCAAGUUGGAAAGAAUAUUCCCCCCAUCUUUUUUAUUGUGA